CCUGAUGCCAGAUUUUUCUUCGUCAGAAGUGCCACAUUUUCCGCUUUUGUUGUCCGCUGCGAAAUGACCGCUACCAUGACUUUUUUGGGGUCAAAGUUUCUGAGGGAGGGGCUUAUACGGCAGGAGCCGUAACAAUGUAUAGGUAUUUAUGAUAUACAUAAAGGUAAUUACAUAGAAGCUAUUAAAACAGCCUCAAAUCGCCCCAAAUUUAAAACUUAAGCUUUUCUGAAUUUAUAAUGAUGAUAUGCAUUCGAAAAUUAACGCUAUGAGGCUUAUCAACGAAGUUAUCAAUUUUUCAGAUAAGCAAAUUUAGUUUAUCCAAAUCGCCCCAAACUAAAAACUUAAGCUUUUCUGAAUUUAUAAUGAUGAUAUGCAUUCGAAAAUUAACGCUAUCGGGCUUAUCACUGCGCUUAUCAGUUUUUAAGAUAAGCAAAUUUAGUUUGUCCAAAUCUCCCCAAAUUUAAAACUUAAGCUUAUCUGAAUAUAUAAUGGUAGUAUCCACUCGAAAAUAAACGCUAUCGGGCUUAUCACUGCGCUUAUCAGUUUUUAAGAUAAGCAAAUUUAGUUUGUCCAAUUCGCCCCAAAUUUAAAACUUAAGCUCAACGAUUUAUCAAUUGAACCAACUCGUGUAAGAGAUGAAAAGCAUCUCAACACGAGUUGGUUCAUAAUCCCGGUAAACAAUUUGAAGAGAGUGAGAAGUGAGACGGACCACCAUACGGCACUGGCAACGACAGUCAGCGGUGGUGGUGGAUACCCACCAGAAUCCGAGUCUCACUCUGCCUUUCGCUAAAUAAUGGAAACUGCGUUUGUGAAACGGUUGGGCUGGUUCAGCUCUACCAUUAGUUAAGCCAAUGCAUAAAUGGGACUUUAACGAAUAAUACACGAAAUUAAAGAAUGUCGAGAGAAGACGUGCUUUUAAAACACCAGAAAAAUAGGACGGGACACAUAUUGCAGGAUUUAAUUUCCUCCACGGUCCUCCUCCACAGGUCAAAUUUUGACCCCCCAACGGAAAAAGAUCACAACUUUCCCCCGAAAAUGGAGGAGGAUAACUCAUCCCCCGAAUUAUUAACGUCGUUCUGUUCGAUCUGCACCGAAUCUGGGACAAAUCUGCGCCCUCUCGCUGUUCAGGAAAUGGAAAUUCUGGCCAAAUUUGUCCUAAAUCAGGAGCAAGUUUCCCUCAUUUUCCAAACUGAAAGUCAUCCUCCCAUAUUGUGUUGCAAAAUUUGCUACUCCGCGAUCCUCUCGUUGGCCAAGUUGUCCACGCAGAUUGAAAAUAUCACCAGUUCUCUCCGAGCCGUCAUUUCCAGCAGGAACGGACUGUUCAAUAAAGGGCGAAAUGAACCUGCAAAAAUUUCUGAAUUGUCCCUUGAAAUACCUGCGAACAUCGACCAGAUUUCUAACAAUGACGAUGACCAACAAUUAACCGGGUGCCUUGAAGAGGAGGAAGAAUUUGUGAUAAAAGUCGAGCCAAUCUAUGACGACGAGGACGAUGACCGUGACGAAAUCACGUCUGAUCCUCUCAACUUGUCAGAAAAUGAGGACGACGAGCCCAACUUUGCAAAUUCCGAGGUGGACGCAGAAUCGAAACUUGUGUGCAAAAUAUGCCGCCCGAACGUGACCUUUACCAGGGCUGACGCCUACAAGCGCCACAUGAUUAACAAGAAAAAACAUCCCGAUAUUUCCGAUGCAGAUAUUUUAACCACAGGAAGACAUGUGUGCAAAAAAUGUGGCGUAAAGUUCGCCCGUAAAGAAAGGCUCUUGCGCCACAUGAGUAAUCAUUCAGAUGCUGAUAUGGGAGCUAACAAAGACGUUACAAAUUCGGAAUCCGACGUCGAAGUUGAAUUAAGUUAUAAGUGCAAAAUGUGCCAACCGAAAGCCAUUUUUCACAGGUUGGAUACCUUCAAGCGCCACCUGAAGAACAAGAAUAUUCAUCCAGACCUUUCCGAGGCGGAUGUUGCAGCUGCAGCAAAAGAACAAUUUGCCAACGUAAAACAGAAUGAAUUUCCGUGUCCCAAAUGCGACAAGAGUUUCACCUCGGAGUGGACGUUAACCCGACACAAUCGCUUCCUCCACGGAGCGGUUCCUUUUAAGCGGAAAUGUACCCCGCAAGUCUCAACGAGCUUGUUGCAAAAUCAAAUUCGCAAACAUCGUAAAGUCGUAAUCCCAAGAAGCAAAACAAAAGCACCACGUCAUUCUUGUGACAUUUGUGGAAAAAACUUUGCCACCUGGGGAAACAUGAAUCGUCACGUGGAACUGCUCCACUUCCCAGACAAGACGUCCUGUCCGUACGGAUGUGACGCCAAAUUUGGCUCGGAGGCUGACUGGUUGACGCAUUUGGAGGGGUGUUACUCACCAAAAAUGAGUGCAGAAUCGGAGUGUCCUUGUAAAUCGUGUCCCGCCGUGUUCCGCAACAUCCUCCUGCAGAUGGAUCACGACCUGCGCGUCCAUGCCCAAAACAUGUACCGCUGUUCUAUUUGUGAGCAAAGAUUUACUCGACAAUCUGUCCUCUAUGAUCACCGGUGUACUGGUUGAAAAUCAAGAUGGGAACUUAAUUCAUAA